GCCGCACAAAGAGCAACGCUAGCUAUCCGCAAAAAGGCGGCCGACGUGUGUCUGUACUCUGUAAUACCGCUGCGAGCGCUGCGAACUGCGCGCCUGCAACUGCGCUGCUGCGCCCUGCGAACUGCGCUGCUGCACAUUGCCAGCUGAGGCAAAAGGUGCACGCCGUCGCAGCGCUCGAAGCCUUCGCGCGCGCGGAAGUAUUAAUGGACGAAAGCGCGUCGCGCGAAGAGGAAAAGGCGUGGCGCGAGUCCUUCGUCGGCCUGCGCGUGGCACUCCCGGACUACCAGGGCGGCGGCCACGGCGUCAUCAAAGCCGUCGUGGGCCAAGUCGUACAGGUCGUUGUGGGCGACGACAACGUGGGUUGGAAUCGGAACGCGGAGUUGGUCGUCACUUCGCACCUCGACGAACUCGAGGAAGCACCCGAGGAAGGAAAGUGAGAUGGACGUGGCCAGCGCGCUGGCGAGCGUGGCCUCCCGGAAGCAGCUGCGAAGGUUGGGAGGCGCGCUCGAGCUGUCGGUCGACGAUGGCGGCAGCCUCGACGAAUUAUUAUCAUUAAACGCCACGACGGUCGACGACGCGAUGCUGAGCGUCCUGGGAGCGGAAGGCGCAAUGCGAGCGCGGUCGCGGCUCGACGAGCUGCGCGCGGCUCCCGAAGAGCCGCCCUUGCCGCCGCCAGACCCGGCGCGCGCCGUCCGGUCGCCGUCGUCGUCGCGGCCGAAGACAGUCAGUGAGGGCUGCUGCGUCGAGUGCUCACAGCCUUCACCAUAUAUCUUCCCGCCGCUCGCGGUGCGGCUCUGUGAGUCGUGCGAGCGCCUACCAAGGUAUGCGCUCGUUACCGCCGACUUGGCACGACACGUCUACGCCCUACGAGACGACGAAUUUCCGCGCGGAUGGCGCUCAACGGGCGGCGACCAAGUGUACCUCCGAUCUGAAUGCGAGGCCGCGGCGUCCGGCGUUGCGGCACGGAAGCGCGCCGCCUCGGCGAAACAAUGGCGCGCCGAGACCUUCAAGAAAGUCGGGGGCAAUACGGUACGAUGGAAGGAGUUAAACACCGCGACGUUCCAGAAGCAGCGCGCGAACCGCAAGCACAUCGGCUUCUCAGACGCGCCCGACGUCGCGGCGGAGUGUAUGGACCUUUCGUGCCUCGUCCGAUGCGACGCGGCGAUGUAAUUCAUAAGUACUAGUUUUACCCACA